UUCUAGUCGGUUGCCAAUGGAAACAUACCACGAAUGUGGAUGGACAUGGGAGACAAUUAUAAAUAUUUUUCGAGCCUAAACAAAAUAACCUGAAAUUAAGUUAAAAUUCCAUUUCGUCAAAACCCUAGCAAGCAAAGAAUUUCUAGUCACAUUAUCCUCUUCCUCAGACGACAAUUCGCCUGUAACUUGCUUUGCUAUUUAUUAUUUGUUCAUCCGCCCAUAGCAGAAACGCUGCUGUGGAGGAUCACCUUGCUCUGCCCUUCGUUUUGAGAUUUCUACAUAUUUGUAGUAGUAGCAGCAGUUACAUUGACGAUGGAGGGAGGCAAGUAUAAUUCUGGGAAGCGAGGCCGUCAUGCAGAUGAUGGAAAUGGAAGGAACAAGAGAAGAAAUUUCGAUGGUGAGCGGGGAUCUGCACCUGCAAUGCCUGGAGUCAAUGAUACAGUUUACAGGAUACUUUGUCCUGGGAAUAAAAUAGGCAGUGUUAUAGGAAAAGGUGGAGAUAUUAUUAAAUCUUUGAGAGAAGAAACCCAUGCUAAGAUUAAGAUUGCUGACUCUAUUCCUGGGGUAGAUGAGAGGGUGAUUAUUAUUUUCAGUGCACCAAAGGAUGACCGCAAUAAGAACAAUGAUGAUAAGGACAAUGGUGAGGAGAAUGACGAUGUGGGUAAGGAUGGAAGUGACAGAGAGCCUUUGUGCCCUGCCCAGCAUGCGCUUUUCAGAGUAUACGAAAGAAUUAUAGAGGAAGAACGUGGUGGGGGAUCAGAUUAUGAAGAUGAUGAAAAAGAUAGGUCUCACAAUGUUGGAGCUCGUUUGCUUGUUCCCAACAACCAAAUUGGGUGCUUGAUUGGGAAGGCUGGAAAGAUUAUCUCCAAAAUGAGGAGUGAUACAGGUGCACAAAUUCGUAUUAUGUCCAAGGAACAGCUGCCUCCAUGUGCUAUGGAUACAGAUGAACUUGUUCAAAUAUCCGGAGAUCCUUCUGCGGUGAAGAAAGCAUUAUAUGAAAUUUCAGCUCGGUUACAUGAGAAUCCAUCAAAACAGCGCCUGGAAUUUAACAAUCCUUCACGAGCUGCUUAUGCAUCUGGUGGUUCUCUAUUUUCUUCAGUAAAUCUUCUUCCCCAAGGGAACCCUCUAUGGUCAAAUCAGAAUGCUGGUGCUCCAGUUGUUGGCCUUGGAGCAUCUAUGCCAUUGUUUGGAGGAUAUGGAAGUGAAACAGGAUCUGCAUGGCAAAUAACUCCAUCUGGUUUUCCUGCAGUAGCAGGUUUUGGUGGACCCUCCCAUGGGGAGGGUGGUCAGGGACAGGAUGUUAUUCUUAGAAUAUUGUGUCCAAAUGACAGGGUUGGUGGAGUAAUUGGCAAGAGUGGAAGCACAAUCAACCAAAUAAGACAAGACUCAGGAGCAAACAUUAAAAUAUCAGAUACAAUGCCAGAAUCUGAAGAAACUGAAAUUGUAGUCUCAGCCUCUGAGUUUGGUGACAACCUGGCAUCACCUGUUAUCGAGGCUGCUCUUAUUCUGCAAGUAAGGACUACUAGUAGAUCUGAUGCUGAAGGUCAUAUUACAACAAGGCUUUUGGUUCCAUCAAAUCAGAUUGGCUGUCUUAUUGGGAAGGGUGGUAACAUAAUAUCUGAGAUGCGUCGGGCAACCCGGGCUGACAUUCGUGUAUUGCCUAAGGAGAAUUUACCAAAGUGUGCUUCUCAGAAUGAUGAACUUGUGCAGAUUGCAGGAGAAACCAACUUUGCUAGAGAUGCUCUUGUACAAAUUGCAUCUAGGCUAAGGGCUAAAGCUUUUCAGGAUACAAAUGGUGCUGGGAAAGGUUCCACUGGUGCGCCUCUACCUAAAUAUGCACUUACAAAUCCAGAUGUUGUUCCCAUGGCAUCACAUUAUUCAGGAAGACAAGAGAGAGUAUCACCAGGGGGGAUGUAUCCUUCAUCUGGUUUUGGGUAUCAAGGAACUGGGGGGAGGAUGUCUUCUGCAAGUUAUUUUGGAAGUAUGCAGAGCGGAGGAAGUGGAUAUGACCCUAUUCAAGGAUAUUCAUCAAGUCAUGCGAAUGAUGUUGGGUAUUCUGGUGGGUUUAUGAAAAAUGUCUCAACAUCAACUGUGGAGGUUACCAUACCAAAAGAUUCAGUUGGGUCAGUACUCGGGAAGAGAGGAAGUAACAUGCAACAUAUUCGUGAGAUAUCUGGGGCAAAAGUAAAAUUGCAUGAUUCUCGAUCAGGUGCUUCAGACCGUGUCAUUGAAAUAUCAGGGACACCUGAGCAAACGCAUGCAGCUAAAAGCUUACUUCAAGCCUUUCUUGCAACUGGUGGUCAAAGCCAACCAGUGCGUGGUGCUUCUAGGGCAUAUUGACAUGGGCUGUUUUAGGACUGACAGCCAUACGAUACAUGAUGCCUGGAGCCAGUUUAUCCCAUGAUGAAGCCUCAGCCCAAACUGAGGAUAUGACGAGCAGAGGCGAUGAAGCCUAUUGCCCAUGGUUUGGAAGUUUUUGAUUAGUUCGAUCGGCUUUGCUCAAGGAUGUCUUGUUUCCUUUAUGACUACCGGUGGUAUUUUGGAACAUUAUGUACCAUAUAUUUUAAGGCCCAAAUUUGGUUUUCAUCUAUGGAUUGGUUUUGAGACAAAAGUGAGUAAUUGUGAGUAGGCAACCAAGUGGAUUUUGAUUUGCCACAGACUAUUGCCAGCUCUAUUUCCUUAGGAUUUUGGUGCCAGAGCCCAGACCUUAAAGUAUGACAAGAUGAACUGUUCAAUGAUCAUGAUAUUCCAAUAUUUUUUUUUAAGUUCAAAAGGA